CUAGUGGCGGAGGAAUGAUUUGCAUUUUCCAAACGCACGGUGUUCUCAAUCCAGCCUUUUGGCUCGCUAAAAUACACGGUAUUUUAGUCAUUUUCUUCCCAUUUUGUACACAUUUUUGUGUACCACCACAGCUGAAGACCUGGAGUCGAAGAUGAACUGGGGGACCUUUUAUGCCGUGAUCAGCGGUGUAAACAGACAUUCCACCGGCAUCGGACGCAUUUGGCUCUCCGUCAUCUUUAUCUUCCGCAUCCUGGUGCUGGUGGUUGCCGCCGAGAGCGUCUGGGGCGACGAGAAGUCCGGCUUCACCUGCAACACCCAGCAGCCCGGCUGCAACAGCGUCUGCUACGACCAGUUCUUCCCCAUCUCGCACAUCCGGCUGUGGGCUCUCCAGCUCAUCCUGGUUUCCACCCCUGCGCUGCUGGUGGCCAUGCACGUGGCCCACCGGCGACACGUCGACAAGAAGGCCCUGAAAAGGUCGGGCCGCGGCAGCCCCAAGGAGCUGGAGCACAUCAAGAACCAGAAGUUUCAGAUCACAGGAGCUCUUUGGUGGACAUACAUGAUCAGCAUCGUCUUCAGACUCAUCCUCGAGGUGGCGUUCCUCUACAUCUUCUACAUGAUCUACCCUGACUUUAAAAUGGUGCGUUUGGUGAAAUGUGACUCGUACCCCUGCCCCAACACGGUGGACUGCUUCGUCUCCAGACCGACAGAGAAGACCAUAUUCACGGUGUUCAUGCUGGCCGUGUCCGGGGUGUGCGUGCUGCUCAACCUGGCCGAGGUGGUUUACCUCAUAAGCAGGGCCUGCAAACGGUGCAUGAGUCGCCCCGAGGACGAGUCCAAAGCAGCUUGGAUAACUCAAAGGUUGUCUUCGUACAGACAAAAUGAAAUCAAUCAGCUGAUAGCAGAUCAGUCUCUGAAGUCAAAGUUAACCAUGGCCAAGAAGAACCCGGCCGAAAAGGGCGAGAGGUGCUCUGCCUUCUGAGUCUUCAUUAAACUAAUGAAUCCUUCCUGUCAAAUAAGUAUCCUCUGCAUUAAUGACACCUAAACUGUAUAUUUGAUUAUUUUACCGUUUAUUUAUGUAUAAUAAAAGGCGUUACUUGUAUUUUUUCUCUAUAUUUAUUGAAUAAAGGAUGUUCCGUUUUCCUUGCCUACAUCAUCUAAAGCAAAUGAAGGCUUGGGAAUGGUUUUUCUAAAUAUCCAA